UGCGAAUAACCCUGGUAACUUCAUGAUUCCAAACGGCUUUGAGCUGGGACAACAGGACAGAGCCCUCCCGACCCCCAGCAGGACUGGCUCCCCCCCCACCUCGGUGCCCUCCCUCUGUCGGGGGAGGAGUCACUGCCACCUGCUCUCCCCUCUGGCCUUAGUCAGACUCCCCUGAAAUCAUCCAAGACCCCGCAGGCCCCCGAAGUCACCCCGGGUCCGCUGAGCCCUUCCUGAAACCCGCCUCGGCCGCAGAUCAAAGACGCCGCCACCCUUAUCUCGGUCAUGUGACCCUGGCUAAAGGGUUCCAUCCGACCCCCCCAGGGGCGGGGGAGCCCGUGGGCCCGCCCACCGACCCGAGGUCUGACCCAGAGGCGACACCGAGCCCACUGCCAGCCCCGCCCGCCCCGCGGCCGGUUAAGAGUCCCCCCGAGCCGAAGCUCGGGACAGACGGCCACUCGUGGGGGGCGAGCUGGAGCGGGUGUCGGGGCGAUGAUGCGGUGGGCUUGGGCGGUGCGGGCCACCGCGGCGGCCGGGCGGCUGCGCGGUCCCCGGGGCCCGGGGGGCGCCCGCAGGCUGAGCAGCACGCGGCGGCGGGCAGCGAGGGCCGCCAGCCCGGGGCGCCUGCUCAGCACGGCCUGGGCGCCCGCCCAGCCGGCCCUGGAGGAGACGGCGGGUGCCGAGGACGAGGCGCAAUCACCUGCGCCCGAGGAGCCGUCGCGGAGGCCGCCUCCGGCACCCCCGGAACCCCCGGAGCCUCCCGGGGCCCCCGGCGGCCGCUCCCUGGUGCAGCGGGACAUCCACGCCUUCCUGAACCAGUGCGGGGCCAGCCCCGGCGAGGCGCGCCACUGGCUCUCCCAGUUCCAGACCUGCCACCCCUCCUCCGCCGACAAGCCCUUCGCUGUGAUCGAGGUGGACGAGGAGGUGCUCAGAUGCCAGCAGGGCGUAUCCAGCCUGGCCUUCGCACUGGCCUUCCUGCAGCGCAUGGACAUGAAGCCGCUGGUGGUGCUGGGGCUGCCGGCUCCCACAGCGCCCUCUGGCUGCCUUUCCUUCUGGGAGGCCAAGGCACAGCUUGCUCAGAGUUGCAAGGUGCUGGUGGACGCGCUCCGGCAAAACGCGGCAACAGCUGUGCCUUUUUUUGGUGGCGGGUCGGUGCUGAGCGCGGCUGAGCCAGCCCCUCACGCUAGCUAUGGGGGCACCAUCUCGGUGGAGACCGACCUGCUGCAGUGGUGCCUGGAGUCGGGCAGCAUCCCCAUCCUGUGCCCCAUUGGGGAGACGGCCGCGCGCCGCUCCGUGCUCCUGGACUCGCUGGAGGUGACGGCCGCCCUGGCCAAGGCGCUGCAGCCCACCAAAAUCAUCUUCCUCAACAACACGGGCGGCCUGCGGGACAGCAGCCACAAGGUCCUGAGUAACGUGAAUCUGCCCGCCGACCUGGACCUGGUGACCAAUGCGGAGUGGGUGAGCACCAAGGAGCGGCAGCAGAUUCGGCUCAUCGUGGAGGUGCUCAGCCGCCUGCCCCACCACUCCUCGGCCGCCAUCACUGCUGCCAGCACGCUGCUCACCGAGCUCUUCAGCAACAAGGGGUCCGGGACCCUCUUCAAGAACGUGGAGCGGUUGCUGCGAGUGCGCAGCCUGGACAGCCUGGACCAGGGCCGCCUGGUGAACCUGGUCAACACCAGCUUCGGCAAGAAGCUCCGCGAGGACUACCUGGCCUCGCUGCGCCCACGGCUGCACUCUGUCUACUUCUCCGAGGGGUACAACGCUGCGGCCAUCCUGACCACGGAGCCCGUACUGGGGGGCACCCCGUAUCUGGACAAGUUCGUGGUGAACUCCAGCCGCCAGGGCCAAGGCUCCGGCCAGAUGCUGUGGGAGUGUCUGCGGCGGGACCUGCAGACGCUUUUCUGGCGCUCCAGAGUGACAAACCCCAUCAAUCCCUGGUACUUCAAGCACAGCGAUGGCAGCUUUUCCAACAAGCAGUGGAUCUUCUUCUGGUUUGGCCUGGCUGAUAUCCGAGACUCCUAUGAGCUGGUCAACCAUGCCAAGGGGCUGCCGGACUCCUUUUGCAAGCCAGCGUCUGACCCAGGCAGCUGACCCUCACCACCAGCCCUGCAGGCCCUGGGACAGCCAGGGUGGACCGAAAGCCAUGUCUGCUGGAGGCGACUCCCGGCAGCCACAGGCGGGACCAGGUUUGUUGGCGGGUGAUCUGGAGGAGGAAGCAGCCCCUCCUCGACUCUGCCCGAGGCGGGAGGCGAAGGGGGACAAGCACAGGAAGUCCGUCCAGGACCUCCACUCACGCCAAAGCCACCACCAGAUGGCCUUCGAUUUUCAGUCCAGGGGUCUGGGGGGAGGGGAGGGGUUGCCUUCCCGGGCUCUACUCAGGGCUAAACUUUAGCGUAGGUCAGUUUCUGUGGCUUCUGUGCUGUGUUUUGAGGCUCCCUCGUCGAUCUUCGACCACUCAUUUUCAUUCCUUUGGGUGUUGCAACUUUUCAGGAGGCCUUGAUUAAAAUGAAAAUACUUGUCUGAGAGUUAGCUCACACUUGAAAGGAGCAGUGGCUCUCUGGGAGCAAGAUCUUGUGGGCUGGGGAACCAGGGGACUUCUAGAGAGAGUAGAGGAGCUAAAUGAGAUGGAGGGCCCCCACGAUGAAUACUGCUACCAUGUCCCGCAAUGCAACCCCGAGGGGAUCCCCUAUUCCUAAGUUGGGGAACAUCCUCCAUUCCACAACCAGCCCGACAGCAGUCCCAGCUCCCUUUCAGGCAGGGCACAGAACCCCUGCAGCCCCCUAGAGGCUGUGUCCCCAUCUCUGUGGGAGCAGACAGGCAGUAGCCCAAAGCAGGAGGUUUCAUUGAAUAUUUUUGACCCCCAUGAUGUUCCAGCUCCUGGUUGCUGGGACUACCUUCUGCCAGGAGGUGCAUGGAUGAGUAGGGAGAGGGCCCAUUAAGAGGCCACCAUAGCACAGCAGGGACUGAGAACCAAGCCCCAAGAGCAGCCCGUCUUCCCUCAGAAGGUGAUGUUCAGUAUAAUCUGGGCGAUGGCAUUACACGGCCUGACCUGCAAUCCAGCUCCGUGGCUGGGUUUGCCCUGUGGCUUGAGGCAAGCUGCUUACCUUCUCUAGUCCCCACUUCCCUUGGCCUCAUAGUGGACACUUAAUGUUAGUCCCCCCCCCCCCAAGGUGGCUCUAAGGAUUUGUUCAAAAACAGCUGACAUCAAAUGGGGAGGAAAAAUAAGCUACAAUAAGGAUUGAGGUGAGAGGUCAAAAGAACAUACUACAGGGAGGAUGAGAAGAUCCUUGAAGAGAGCCAAAGGACUGUGGGAACUCUCAGAAUAGGGGCAAGAUUACGGCAGAGCCUUGAUGGAGCUUAACCAGAUAUGUUCUUUCAAGAAACCCAAGAUCAAUCCCAGCCAAUGGCAAAGUGUCCCGUGGGGAGAACAGAGAAGCAAAGCCAAAUGUCUGUAUAAAAUGUUUAUUUUUGGAGGA